GUUCUUCCGAUCAGCUCCUGAGCCCUGACUGUUGGAAAGCAUCUCUCAAAGCUUUGGGCUGCCCGACAUCCACUGUAGCAAAAGAAAACGGUAGGAAACAGGUGGCUAACCUGAGCAUCCCAAUGCAGCCUUCAAUGGAGCCAAUUUUAUCACCUGAACAGGUCAUGGAGACUAUCGAGUGGAUCUCUGACUACUUUCUCAAACUGCGGUUGUCUUCUCAAGACUAUCGAAGUUUUGGAUUAUUUUCCAAGUGGGCCCCAUACAUCACUCAUGUCCGACGUCUCAUGCAGUAUCUGAUCCACCGUCUGAUUGACUCCAGAAUGGACAGUUUAUCGCGGGAGCCUGUGGGCAGCAACAGGGUGUUUGAAG